AAUGGCAAGCGACUAAAACAGGAAAUGUUACUGUCAAGCAAGUGGCAAUGUGAAAGUCAGGUUAAAAUGUUAUGUGAUACUUCGUAUGCGAGUAAAUGCGAUAAAUAUGUGUUGUUUGCACCUUUGAGCUGUCGCAACGUGUUGUGCUUUUAGUGGGUUUUGUGUCUCAUAGUGCAGCCUUUGUUACGAUGUUUCGAGCCGCAGCUAAAACGUUUUUUGUAGUAGCAAGCGCUUCAGUUCCUGGGAGAGUGUUGUUAAGUAUUCGGCAUUAUUGUAAGAGGACACCAACGACACUAAGAGUCUCUGAAGCGAUUUCAGGUGCUGAACUGGGAGCAAAUAUCAAAGUACAGGGGUGGGUUCGCUCUGUUAGGCCUCAGAAGAAAAACCUCUUUUUCCAUGUGAAUGAUGGGAGCUCUUUGCAGUCGUUGCAGAUUGUCGCAAGUUCAGAGCUGAGUGAUUCGUUGCUUGCAUUUGGUAGUGCUGUUGAAGUCACAGGUACUCUUAAGAAAAGUCCACACCAAAAGCAGCCGGUCGAACUGGAAGCAGAUCAAAUCCACGUCGUUGGAGAAUGUAACCCUGUGGAUUUUCCCUUUAAGAUCAAAGAGAGACACGACUUUGAGUAUAUUCGCCAGUUUCCCCAUCUCAGGUGUAGAACAAAUGUCUUUAGCUCUCUGCUGAGAAUACGAAGUGAGGCCACUACAGCAAUUCACUCAUAUUUCAAGGAAAACGGCUUUGUUCAGAUUCACACUCCAGUCAUCACCUCAAAUGACUGUGAAGGGGCAGGGGAACUCUUUCAGGUUGAGCCAUCAGGCCCAGAGAAUGAAGAAGGUGAGAACUUCUUCUCUGUCCCAGCCUUCCUGACCGUGUCCGGUCAGCUUCAUCUGGAAGUGAUGUCAGGGGCUUUUUCUAAGGUUUACACAUUUGGGCCAACUUUUCGUGCAGAGAACUCCCAAAGCAGACGCCACCUGGCUGAGUUUUACAUGGUGGAGGCCGAGGUCUCCUUCACGCAGUCCUUAGAGGAUCUCACUAAGGUCAUGGAGGACAUGUUCAAAUCUGCCACGGAGCAUGUCUUGGCCCACUGUGCCGAGGAUGUGGAUUUGUUUCAUAAGCAUGUGACUCCUGGACACAGGGACACAGUAGACUCUAUGCUGAAGAAGAGAUUCCCUGCGAUUACGUACAGUGAGGCUAUAGACAUCCUAAACCACAGCUCGGAGAAGUUUGCCUUCCCAACGGAGUGGGGCUGUGACCUUCAGACAGAACAUGAGAAGUACCUGGUGAAGCAUUGUGGAAACAUUCCAGUCUUUGUCACUGAUUAUCCUUAUGAUCUGAAGCCCUUUUAUGCAAGAGACAACAAAGACCAUCCGGAGCGUACAGCAGCUGCAGUGGACCUUCUGGUGCCAGGAGUUGGAGAGCUAUGUGGGGGCUCGCUGAGGGAGGAGAGGCUGGAUCUGCUGAGGGCUCGGCUGGAAGACGCUGGAUUGAAAGACACAUACAGCUGGUAUCUGGAUUUGAGGCGUUUUGGCUCCGUCCCUCAUGGUGGCUUUGGAUUGGGAUUUGAGCGAUAUUUGCAAUGCAUUCUUGGUGUUGACAACAUAAAAGAUGUGAUUCCUUUCCCCAGAUUUUCCCAUUCUUGUCUUCUGUAAACCACAGUCCAAACCCAAAAGGUAUUUUAUAUGUCAUUGAGGUCUGUUUAUUUCCUGUUUGGCAAACAUCAAACAAAUAAAUAACAUUCUUAUAA